UAUUACGUAUUUGACACAGCCAUCAUCCGCCUUUUUUACUGGCGCUUGCGUUUUGAGAUCCUGUUUUAUAACGUUGCUAACGAAAACAUUGGGGCAUUUGUUCGGUUGACUUGACAAUCACAACAAAAGCACGCUUUACUCGGGAUUCGAGGAUAUCCACGUCGAAGGGGAUUUUUUUUAAAAAAAGGACGUCCCCAGCGCCUCCUGGGAGUUGUAGUUCCUCUCUGCUUUCACGGCGAUAAACACCAAUGGGGCAAGCUACCGUUCAGGACUACAGUUACCAUAAGACAUCGCGCCAUAGGGCUACGUUAGCUCGCACCGUGGCAGCUUUAGGCUGUAGACGGAGAGUGAGAAAAAUAAGAAACAGGAGUGGCUGAGAUUGUAAUCCCAUCAAAUACAGAGGAUCUUACAGACUAAAUGUGACAACGAUGAAUCAAGUCGGCAGGACGCAAGUGAUCGGACAUCAAAAGCUAUGAUUUUCCUCCGGCGCUGCAUGAAUCUAAGUUGUUGUUGCCGCUGAAGGUCGGACCGUGAGGAACCCAGGGACACGUAGUUCUCCGGGUGUCGGCUUUCAUAUGAGCGCCGCGACAGUUGUUUUCUAAGGACUACAAUACCCGUCAUGCAUUGGCGGCUCGCCGCCAUCUUCCUUUCUCGUUUCUCCACCCCCCCGGGCGCCAUUCCCCGUUGCGUCAGGCGGUGAUGUUUACUACGCCAUGAAUACGCGUCAAAAGAAGCCAAACGGGUGAAAAGAGAGAAAGGUGAAAAGGAAAAGAAUAUUCGUAUUGGUUAAGGGCAGAAGAAGAAAUUUUAGUACUUCCAAUCGACAUCCUGGCUGUGAUUUGGAAUCAUUUCCAAUGAAGUUUGGCGGUGGUCCCGGUGGAGGCCGCCAUCGCCAAAGUGUCCGGUAGACGACGCAAAGCUUCCCCCACCACUACUCUGUCCCCCUUGUCCUCCUCCUCCUCACAACUUGGAAGGAGAGGUUUGCAUCUGCAGUGCAAUUUUUUCCUUUGCCCGUCCUCGUCUUCAAGAUGGUCGCUUGGAAUGGAGGCGCCUUGUGGCCGGGCCGUUCAACGGGGCACCGACCAGGACUCAGCGAGUGAGGGCACUGGAAGAAGCUCCCUCUUUAGGAAAAGGCAACGCAGCCGCUCGGCCCUGGAGACUACGUUCCAUCCAAUGGCCCCUUGAGAAACCCACACGCCAACGCAGAUUUUUUGAAGAUUUUUAUGCUCAUUGAUUAAUUUUCUUCUAGUUUUGUCUCGAAACUUUUUCCUCCCCUUUUAAGCCACUUUUGUGAAGUGAAGUAUCUGACGAGUUCUUAAUCCUGCAGAAAGAGAAUAUAAAGCUAUCAGGAAUUCAUUUUCACUUGUUCUUUUACACUGCCUUUUUACAUCAAAUGAAAGAAGAUUCCAUACUCCAUGCGCGCAAAGGUGCUGCAAACGCACCAUUUUGAAGGUACUUUUUAUACAAGAAGAGAACGACGCUUUUUGGGAAUUGCACCGAUUUUGUGAAUUCUGCCGAACUUAGCAAAGUUACUGGCUGCUAUAAGCAUUUUCUGUGUAUUAAAAUAUUCGUACAGAAGAUCGCCAUGACAGGUGAUAUAUAUGAUAAAAGAUAAUUUCAUGAACGUUGCUUUCAAAACUUCUAUCUGAUUCUGCUGGCAUGUUGACACCUUGCAGUAUUUUAUGGUUUAUAAUAAGCAAAUCAGAUUUUCCGUCGUAGAAAACGCCAAAGUGUUAAAUCGUAUCUGCGCUUUGAAUUCAGAGCAUGUGUAAAUACUGGAAUGGACUUAACAGAACCUAUUACAGUAUAUGUCAGUUUUGUUCCUCUUGGUUGGAAUUAUAUUGUUUUAAUUACUGGGAACUGAAACUGACCAUAGUUUCAAAUCAAAAGUUAUAACUGGUGAAAAGUGCCAGCAUAUUUGCUUGUGUGCUUGUUGGACUUUCUGAAUAACCAGGAUUUUUUCCCUACAAUAAAGAUGCAAAAUUGUUUUAAUUUAAAAUGUGGAACAUUUGAAUGAAAUGAAAAAUGCAUGUAUUUUAGAGGAUUUUUGCCAUGGCCUUUUAUUUAAGAAAAAAUAAUAGCCAUUGUGUCUGAAUCUAAAGUUUGAUUUAUUUUGUACAACAUUUUAUCAAUUAUGGCUGAAGAAACAUCACCGGCUGAGAUUGAUCCAAAUUUUGAACCACAGAGCCGGCCCAGAUCUUGCACUUGGCCUUUGCCGAGGCCAGAUCUGACAACUGUCAAACAGGAAGAUUCUGCCUCAGGAACCCCCACUGAAGAAGAAAAGCAGGAGGUUUCUGAUCCUAGUGCUGUAAAAUCAGAGACUGAAACGGGUCUGAAUGCAGAGGUGUGUACUCAAGUUGGUGCAGCAAAUGCUCAGAGGAAGAGUUCUUCUAGAAGGAAUGCCUGGGGUCAUCAAUCUUAUGCAGACCUCAUCACUAAAGCAAUUGAGAGUUCUCCUGAGAAGAGAUUGACUCUGUCUCAGAUCUACGACUGGAUGGUUAAAUCUGUGCCUUACUUCAAGGACAAAGGAGAUAGCAACAGUUCAGCUGGAUGGAAGAAUUCCAUUCGACACAAUCUUUCUCUGCACAGUAAAUUCAUCCGUGUCCACAAUGAAGCUACAGGAAAAAGUUCUUGGUGGAUACUUAAUCCCGAAGGUGGGAAAAGUGGGAAGUCACCAAGGAGAAGAGCAGCAUCAAUGGAUAAUAGCAGUAAACUUGUGAAGAGUAAAGGAAGAGCAGCUCGGAAAAAGGCUGCCCUCCAAGCAACCCAAGAGGGUAGUGGUGAUGGUCCUGGUUCACAAGUUUCCAAAUGGCCUGGAAGUCCCUCUUCCCGUAACAAUGACGAUUCUGAGGCUUGGACUAGUUUUAGGCCAAGAACAAGCUCGAAUGCAAGUACAUUAAGUACCGGGCGUCUGUCCCCCAUAAUGCCAGAACAAGAGGAUCUGGAAGAUGAGCUUCAUUCUGAACUGGCUUACCCUGGCACCACGAGCAAGUUACCUUCAACCCUAACUGAAAAUAUAAUUGAAGAGCUUGAACUCAUUGACAGUUUGAAUCUCAUGUCCCCAUCAUCUACACUGUUGCCAACCCAGCAGUCAUUAUCCACUGGCUUGAUACCACAAAGUUCAACUUACACAUUUAGGCAACAAAACUCAGCCACUGGAUCACAAGCUUCUACCUAUGGGAACUCUUUCUUUGAUCCAUCUGACCUGACAUCAGUACAGAGCCACUUUAGUGUACCUGCAACACUUGAAGCACUCUUGACUUCAGAUUCACCCACUCAUACUGAUGUGAUGAUGAGCCAAGUUGACCCUGUCAUGCCACAGACGGGUGGUCGACUAAACAAUGAAAAUCUGAUGUUGUUUAAUGUCGAAUCACUCAGCAGUCCAUCAACAGAAUUGAAGGUUAAUCAGGCUAGCCAACGAGGAAAAUCUGCAGGUCCAUCAGCCACAUCUGUUGAUGCUAAUGCUUUACCUCACGCACUGAGCAUGAUGGGACCUCCACCCGAUGCCAGCCAAAUGCCUACUUUGAAGGCCCAGCUCCAGACACCAGUAAACCAGACCCUGCAACUUGGCCUACCAUCUACUCGUAACUCAAACAACAGCAGUAAUUCUUCAGUAGGGAUGAAUAUGAAUUCUGAGAAUUUUCCACGGGAUUUGGAUUUGGAUAUGUUCAUGGAAAGUCUUGACUGUGAUGUGGAUUAUAUCAUUGACAAUGACCUCAUGGAUGAUGAAGGGCUUGAUUUCAACCUGGAGCCUAUUGCCACUAAUCCGUCCUAUCCUAGCACCUCUCAGUCAUCCUCUCGUACCUGGGUGCCAAGUUAACUUCAAACGAAUGCAUGACCUAAAGCAGGUUUAUUAUUCAUCAGCCAAGUUCAUCACCUCCCUUCACAAAGUGAUGUUUCAUUUUGACGUGAUCCAGGAGUUGAAUAUGUAUUCCAGUUUCACGUGUUAAGCCGUGUAUGAUGAGUUCAUCGAAGAAGGCAUUUUCUCCCUGGCAUGCAUUCCAAUUUCUGGAGUACUUGAAACAGACUCUUUCAGAAAAGAAUCUUUUGAGAGAUUUUUGGAAUGCUGAUGUGCCAAUGCUGCCCAUUUGAAAAUGACUAAUUUUACUGCAUUACCGAAAAUUUCUCAAAUGAAUUUGUAUGUGCUGAUGGGGAUGUUUAUUAUUUUGGUCAUGUUCCCCUCGCUGCCCAAUGAUUUCUCUCAGUACAGUAAUUUGGAUUAUGAAAAAGGAACUGCAAAUAUACAAUAUUGUAACAGUUGAUAGAUGUGAUAUUCUCUUUUUUUUUUAAAAAAGCACAGGACAUGUUUUAAAAGAACGCACCGUAAUAUGUAGCAAAGUUUUCCUUUUGGCUUUUGGUGAAACACUACAAGGAAAGAAGUCAUUCAACCUGGAUUUUCAAGAGAAGAACUCAAACCACAUCCAAUCGAGAUAGAAGAUUAUGAGAACAAUACAGACUAAUUGAUAUCAAGCUGUAGUAUUGGACAGGUUAUAAAUGAAGUGAAACACCACAUUGAAGCAAUGUGCUUGCAGAUUGAAGAUUAUCCCUAUUUUCCCCAUCCCUUUAGAUUCUGCUCAGCAUACAUUUUGUGUCUAUCUGUGAUUGAGAAAAGGCAAAACUGUUUAUAAAUAAGAGUGGAAGGAAAGGUGAGGUGGAGUGUGCAAUGUAUUUCCGUGAGACAGACAUAGUCUAUCAAGUCUUUGCCCAAAUUGCCAAGACAUAAUCCAACCUAGACCAAACACUUGUACCCCAAUUUAUACAUUGACAUCAUAUUUUAAAAUCCACAAAAACUUAAAUCACACAAUAGCUUUUAUCUCAUUUUAUUCUGCUUUAUAUGGGUUGAUUUUGAUGUUAACAAGUGAAAGCAUUUCUUGUUAUUUCUACCUGUCCACUCAGUUUUAGCGGAUUGAACUUGAAAUUAAUGCAUUCAGCAAAUUUGGAAGUUUUGUGGUUGUUUUUAUUUUGGGGGGAAAGAAUGAGGGAAUGUCACAAAUCCAGAAUGCUGGAGAAGCUCAUCAGAUCUGGCAGCUUCUUCAGAACUGUUCUGAAGAAGAAUACUUAGUUUGAAAUGUUAACUCUGUUUCUGUCUCCACAGAUGCUGACUGACCUGCUGAGUUUCUCCAGUUUUCUCUGUUUGUUUCAGAUUUCCUGCAUCUGCAGUAUUUUGCUUUUAUUAGAUGUUGUGUCACUUUUUGAUGCUGGCAUGUUGAUUUGAUACUACCUAAUUUGGGAGAAAUGGUGGAAAAAGCGCUCAGAUUUGGGAAUGUUUCAUUGAAAUGCAGAACUCUAUUUGUAAAUAUUAUAUACAUAUAUCCUCCUUCCUUUUAUAAUCUGGAAUGGUUUCCAGUUGGGUCAUGGCUUGAGCACAUGAUUUAAUCUGACACUCCAGUGUAAUACAGAGGAAAUUCUGCACUCUGAGAUGUAGUCUUUUGGGUGAGACAUUAAACUAAGGCCCCAUCUGUCCUCUGAGAUGGAUGUAAAAAUUCCAAAGCACUGUGCGAAGAUGACCCGGGACAUUCUUCUGAUGACUUGACUAAUAUUUAUCCUUUACACAGUGUCACUAAAACCAAAUUAUUUGAUUGUGUUUCUCAUUGUUGUUUGUUGAUCUGGAUGAAUACAAAUUGGCUGCGACAUCUCCCUACAUUUCCAGGAGUGAGUGUCAGGUCUCUUGUGGCACAAUGGAAGUAUCACUGUCUUUGAGCCAGAAGGCCUGGAUUCAAGUUGUUACACAUCUGAGCAGGUUGAUUUAAAGAAAUAAACUCUACAGUAGUGAAUACACAUCAUAGCAACUUAAAACACUUUGAAAUGGCCUGAGGUUGUGAAAGGUGCUAUUCUUUAAUUCACAGUUUCGUAACUAGUUGGAGAAAAGUUUAUAUGCCACACUAACACCAAUAAUUGUUAAGGAGGAAGUACAUUUGUUUGUUUGAGGUAACUGUUAAGAUGGAAAAAAUGAUUUUGUUCAUGAAGUAAUUACCUGAACUGUAAACAGCCACAUUUACAUCAUGCUAACCAGAAGAAAGUUACAUAGAACAAAAUAGAUACCCAAGAAUUUUUAUAGUCAUUGUCUUUAGUUGACUCCAUAAACUACAUGAGCAGUUUAUGGUUGCUGACUCUAUAUUGAAAUUAGACCAACUACCUUGAAAGCGCUCCUAAGCCCCGUGAUAAUGUUCACACUGAAGGAUUAAGAAUUGUGACCUAAUCACUGCAUGCUGCAUCAAUAAAUCUUUAUUGAUGACUGGUAAUUUUAGUACUGUGGACAUAUAUAUUGAUAUAGUACAUGCCUGUGUUGCGAUGACCUUGAAUGCUCUCAUUCUUUUGAUUCCUGGAUUGUAUUCAUUACUUCUUUGAAACACACUCCUUUUAGUUAACGUUCUUUUGUCAAAUGCAAAAUCAAGUACAGUAUAUAUCAAAAAUGAAAUUAUGAAACUGAAUUGAGCAAUGAUGAAAUUGCAGUGUGAUUCAAACCAAAGUUAUUUGAUUUAUUUGACUAUUUGUUACUGGCAGAUAACAUUUAUUAUAGGUAUUAGAUGUUAUGAGUGUAAAUGCCACAAUGGAAAUUGUAAGAGAGGAUGGUGGUGUUUUAACAAUUUUUAAAAAUAAUCCUAGUUUGACUUCUCACUAGCCAGACAAUUGGAAUGAAAGUCUGCCUUCUUGCCUCUAACGUUGCUUUGUGAAUUACUUUGUAGUUCCUAUUCAGCAUGAAAUUUCAGCCCAAAAUAUCCCUCCAAUUUAGCACUAAAUUCUGAAGCUUACUCAGCCCAUAAAAGUCGGUGUGAGAAAUAAGAAUGAAAAUUAUUCUUGCUGACCAGGAUGUUCUUCUUUUGAUGAUUAGGUACUUCUAAGUUUUAGGCUUUACUCUAAACUCCACUUUAAAAUGUUUGGUGGUGAUAUUGGGGAUUCAAAAUGACUUUGUGCUAACAAAAAAAGCAAUAUUGUCAGUAGGAAUCUUAGAGAAAUUCUAAACAGCCACCCCCCCCCCCAAAUCUUUGCUUUACAAAACUACUUAAUAAAAGAUCUUUUAAGGUAAAUUGGUAUCUUGACUUGUUUUGAAUGAAGUCGUGUGGCAAGCCAAUACCAGCCUUGGAAAUAGUAAGUAUCCUCCAUUGGAAAUUACCAGCAACUGUGGUAAUAACUUUAUGUUCGACAGUCAUUGUGGCAUUCCAGCCGCAGUUGUCAGAUUUUCUUUUCUGGAGCAGCUUUGUGCUGCAGGCUACUACCAGAUGUGCUGGGAUUGUGAAAGUUUUCAUUGUACAGAGAACAGACACAGAAGUAUUCAGUGGAUGCUAUCAUAAUUAAUUCCCAAUUCUGCUUGCCUCAACCACUCCAGAAUAUGUCCUGAAACCAUUUUUUCCGUAUAUUUAAAUGAAACUUCUAUCGGGGAUUAGAGAGAGUUAACGUGCCAUUUAAAACACUAAAGCUAGUUACUGGGAACAAAUAUUUUUGAAGCCUCUGCUCCUGUACUUAUUGAAAAUCUGCCUUUACCUCUCAGGGUGAUUCUGAAUAUAUGCUAAUGUCAAAAUGCACAAUGCAAGUGUGUUUUGUUUUUUCUAUUUAGAUUGAUCAUCUAUGACUUGCAGAAGAGGCAUUAUGACAGAUUCAUUUGUUUACGCAAAUCAAGUUAAUUUUCAGAUUACAUCUUUUAAAAAAAAAUGACAGUGCUAUAUUUUAUCCUUGAUUUAAGUUAGCUUCAGAUUUUGCUUGUAAAUAAAGUUGUAUUGCAUCUAAUAACUAGUUGUUUUUUAGCUUCAGUGGUAUUUUUCAAGUACCUUUUUAAGUUUUGAAUCUUAAUUGAAACAAUUUGAAUUUGUUCUAUGGGAAAGAUCCAUAGAUCUUUUGUGGCUUUGCUUUUGAGUUAAUUACACAUGUUAACAAAACUAGUCUUAGUCUCCCUACUCCUCCAAUCGAGGGUGACCACACAGUUAUAUAUGCAUGCAGUUAUGAAAGGGUACAGAUUUUGUUAUUUUUGGAAAGAAAAGCUUAUUUGGUACUCAGCCCAUUGCUGCAAAAUGUGGGUUUAUUUCCACAAUUUCAUUUUACUGUUAAUCUGGAGCUUUCUCCAUUUUUAGAGGCCAGAAAGAACAUUAGAGGCUGAUGGACAUCUAUGUUGCUUUUGCAAAUCUCUUGCCAUUACACCUUUUGAUGGAUGCUUGGAAACUAGUUGUGUUUGUUUUCCUUCAGCUAUAGAAGGUACAUUCUGCCAAAGGGCAGAAAGAAGAGAAACUGAGGGGAGAUCAAAAUUGUUGAAAGGGGAGGUAGAAAUCUACAUGCAGUAUGUAGGUAGUUCUAUCACUGGUGCUAUGCUGAACCUUCAAGAGCCUCGUUUACUAGUUUUAAAACAGCAAUCAGAUUGUUACUGCAAAAUCUUAUAGCAACACACUUAUGUACAGAUACUCGUUAUUGGUGUCUUCUUGUCCCCUUAUUUUAUUUUGUAAAUAAAAUGUUAGUGGGGCUCUCGCAUAGAAAGUUAUCUCCGAGUUUAGAAGAGUGUCCUCUGAAGAGAGUGUAUACAGCUAACCAUACUUUCCAUUUUGGUGUGAUGUAGACUGCGGGUUUCUUGGCCAGCUGAGAAAGGAAGGAUAUGAGAGGACAAAAGUAAAGAAAUUGAAAGGGUAGACACAUGUUUUCAAUUUGUUUGAGUAUGUGUUUUUAUAAUCUGUUAAGCAACGUGCUUGAAUUUUCCAGAUAAAGUGUAUCUUUAACACUUUCAUUUUUGUUAAAUUGUUGAAUAACCAGCAAGUUCCAUGAGUUCUGCCUUUUACACAUAUAUUGAUUGAUGGUGUUUGAAGACUUCUACAUCAGAUGCUUAAGUGCAUUAU